AUGCGCAUCGCUGCUGUUCUGGCCGUAGCGGCCGCGUACGGCGUCUUCGUUGACGCGCUGAGUCAAGACGUUCCUGGUCACCCGAUGCUGCGCGAUCUCGCCUCGGCAGACGAGAACCAGUCGCACCUCGUGCCGGCGCUCUACCUCAUGGCGGACGCCGGGAACACGUGCACCUCGUGGGGGACCGACCUGGCCUGCACCUUUGAGGAACCAACCAACAGCCUGAAGCUGGGAGGCAGCGGAUGCCAACACGUCCCCAUUCCAACGGAUAACUACGUCUCGGACAAGCGCAAGAACAAGUUCGACGGCGCGCUGACCGAUCCGUACACGGGUGAGCCGUCCAUUGAGGUGACGGCCACCAAGCAGGGCACGUCGGACAAGAAGUCGACCGGGAGACAGACCUGGAAGGACUACAAGGCCAACGCGCUCGCGAUCCAGCAGGGUGCGAUCCAGUUCACGACCCCCGGUCUGUACGACACGUCCAUCACGGCGAGUGACUACGGCGCCUCGGCUACUUGCCCCGGGUGCAUCGCGAUUCUUGACAAGUUCCGUCCGCUGUUUGGAGUGGAAUGCCCCUUUCCUGCUGGCUCUUCACUCUCGACCUCACUCACUGGUGCCUCGCUUUCAGAGUUCGCACAGGCGGAUGCUCUGUUCGACACUGUCACCGCCGGCUACGAGAACAACGCUGAAAGCGAAGGUCCACCUGCUGGGACGACGUGCGGGAGUUCCUCUGCGCAAUGGAGUGUCUGCAGUCUGGACCGUACCAUCACGGUGACUGCCGCAGACGUCGCUAAAAUCUCGGUGGCGCUCUCGCAGACUGCCAAGGACAACUCGGAGACGGUCAUCACCUCGCUGGGAUCACCUACUGGCGCUGACAAGGAGACGGACAUCUACCGCACGAUUCCGUGCACCGAGUUCGCCAGUGCGACCAACACGGACCCGGCCUGCGUGUACAACCAAAAGCUGUCCAAGCUGCUUGCCACCACGACCGAUUUCGCCGACUAUUUCCCAACCGACCACAACGGCGUCGAUGCUACCGAUGUGGUCUUUUGGCGCUACAAGCGCUCGGGUGAUGACUGGGCCGUGUGGGACCCGACCGCCGACAGCGCGCUAUCGUUCACUCUCCCGGAAACUUCAGUCAGCAUCGAGGCUUGGACGGCAGUCGGCCAGGUCGGAGCUACGUUCGACUUCAAGGUGAAGCUCUACCUGCACACGUCGUUGGUGUGCGAUAACUUCGCUGGUCUAUGGACGGCUGUGAGCGGCGCUGAAAAGCCAGGAAGAACCUUCUGCAACGUCCCGGGCAGCGACUUCAGCGUCAUGAAGUUCAAGUACGCCACGACCGACAUUUUCCCGGUCGAUGCACUCAAGUCCAAGGUAACCGGCACGGCCACGAGCGUGGUGUGCACGAUGGCGGUCAAGGAGACGGGGGCAGGCGCCACGCAGCCGGUGACGAUCCUGGAUUCCACCGAUGCUGCUAUUGAUAAGGACUUCUCCAUCGAGCUCGUUCACGACCCCAACACUGCACCGUCCACCACUGUCGAUGUCACGUGCACAUUCACGCGUACGGCUCAUACCAACGGCGAAGACGACGACGCGGUGAUGCUCGCGGACACUGAGCCGUACACGAAGGACUGCUCGGACGCGUUUACUCUCAUCGACUGCGACGAACCGGAGCUGCUGCCUGGUGUCGCGGAGGCCGAUGUGUGUGCGGACAAGUGUGCAGGCAACUCGGCUCCCGGCCUGGGUGAGGCGUGUGGCGGCAACAUUGUGACCGCCACUGACGCGGCAACGAGCCUCCUCGAGCGCAUCAAUCCGAACGAUCAGACGUGCUGCGCUGACUGUAGCGCGAUCAGGUGCCAAGCCGCGGGGGGUUCUUCAACGGCCAAGGCCUGUUUGCCGGACGGAGCCAUUCCAAUGCAGCCUUUGUUGGCUCAGUUGGCUGCCGCCGAGGAGAAGGUGUUCGCAAGUGAGACGACGACGGCGCUGCUGGGUGCAAGUGCCAUGGUCGCUGUGGUGGCGUUGAUUGUCGUGAAGCGCCGCGCUGAUGCUGCAGCGCGCGAGAGGGAGGCGGAGGACGCGUACUACCCGCUGCUGGAGUAAGCUGUGCGCUCCAUUGGUGCACGACGGCGCAAUGCGGGGGUUGCAGGUGAUCAGCGACUGAAUGAGGGGUGCCCGUGGCCCAGGCAAGUGAUGCGUGCGUCGACAGUUUGUAUGAAUUCGCUGGUGUUGGAAUGCUUGGUUGCUCCGAGGGCGCCGUUGGCUACAGUAUAUGUAGCGGUAGCGAGUGAGAUGGCUGGCGGUCGUAGCAGCUAACGAAUACACCUGCUUGCAUUU